CUAAAAAGGGUGCACCAGUUGUUUAGUCGUGUCAACGUUCGAUCAGGCAGGUUCUCGAAGCAAUAAUGGCAGCCUUUUCUGAAAUGGGCGUUAUGCCCGAAAUCGCGCAGGCUGUGGAGGAAAUGGAUUGGCUGCUUCCUACUGACAUCCAAGCUGAGUCCAUUCCGUUGAUUCUGGGUGGAGGAGAUGUCCUCAUGGCAGCAGAAACUGGGAGCGGUAAAACAGGAGCCUUUAGCAUUCCUGUAAUCCAGAUUGUACAUGAAACGCUGACUGACCAGCAGCAGGGCAAGAAAGGCAGAGCCAACAUCAAAACUGGCGGAGCUGUCUUCAAUAAAUGGCAGAUGAACCCUUACGACCGCAGCACUGCCUUUGCAAUUGGCCCGGAUGGACUGUGUUGCCAGAGCCGAGAGUUUAAGGAAUGGCACGGCUCCCGCUCCACAAUGGGCAUUACCAAAGGGAAGUACUACUACGAGGUCGCCUGCCACGACCAAGGGCUGUGUCGCAUCGGCUGGUCCACGAGCCAGGCAGCUCUUGACUUGGGAACUGACAAGUACGGGUUUGGUUUCGGUGGAACCGGGAAGAAAUCGAACAAUAAACAAUUCGACAGCUAUGGCGAGGAGUUCACCAUGCAUGACACAAUUGGAUGCUACCUCGACAUGGACAAGGGCCAUAUUUCGUUCUCCAAAAAUGGUAAUGAUCUGGGUUUGGCUUUCGAGAUCCCUCAAAAUCUCAGGAAUCAGCCCUUCUUUACCUCCUGUGUGCUCAAGAAUGCAGAGCUGAAGUUCAACUUUGGUGCGGAGGACUUCAAGCAUCCGCCCAAGAGCGGCUUUAUCGCCUUGGAUCAGGCGCCAGACGGUCACACAGUGAAGUCUUCACAGACAGGAAGCGCCAAGGUGAGUCAGGUGAAGGCGUCCACCAACGCCCCCAAGGCGCUGAUCAUUGAGCCAUCCAAGGAACUGGCUGAGCAGACCCUCAACAACGUUACGCAGUUCAAGAAAUACGUGGUCAAUCCCAAGCUCAGGGAGCUGCUGGUGAUCGGCGGAGUGGCUGCUAAGGAGCAAAUGGCCGCUCUGGAGCAAGGAGUGGACAUUGUGGUGGCGACCCCAGGUAGACUGGAUGACCUCAUAUCGACCGGGAAACUCAGCCUGUCCCAAGUCCGCUUUUUGGUCCUGGACGAAUGUGAUGGCCUCCUGACAGCAGGCUACACAGAUUUUAUCAACAGAAUCCAUAAUCAGAUCCCUCAAGUGACAUCUGACGGCAAACGGCUGCAGGUGAUUGUGUGCUCGGCCACGCUGCACUCGUUUGACGUGAAGAAGUUGUCGGAGCGCAUCAUGCACUUCCCCACCUGGGUGGACCUAAAGGGUGAGGACUCUGUGCCCGAGACCGUGCACCAUGUGGUUGUACCAGUCAACCCCAAGGCCGACCGCCUCUGGGAGCGUCUGGGCAAGAACCACGUCCGAACUGAUGAGGUCCAUGCCAAAGAUAACACCAGACCAGGUGGCAACUCAGCAGAAAUGUGGUCUGAGGCUAUCAAGGUGCUGAAAGGCGAGUAUACGGUGAGGGCCAUCAAGGAGCACAAAAUGGACCAGGCCAUCAUCUUCUGCCGCACCAAGAUUGACUGCGACAAUAUGGAGCUAUACUUCAUCCAGCAAGGAGGAGGUCCAGACAGUAAAAACCACCAGUUUUCUUGCGUCUGUCUCCAUGGGGAUCGCAAGCCCCAUGAGAGGAAGAAUAACUUGGAUCGUUUCAAGAGAAAGGAAGUUAGGCUCCUGAUCUGUACUGACGUUGCCGCCAGAGGGAUUGACAUCCGGGGCGUUCCUUACGUGAUUAACGUCACCCUGCCAGAUGAGAAGCAGAACUACGUCCACCGUAUCGGCAGAGUGGGUCGAGCAGAGAGAAUGGGGUUGGCCAUCUCAUUGGUUGCCAUGGAGAAGGAGAAGGUCUGGUACCAUGUCUGCACAAACCGAGGCAGAGGUUGCUACAACACCCGACUGAAGCAGGACGGAGGCUGCACCAUCUGGUACAAUGAGAAAGAGCUCCUGUCAGAAAUUGAGGAACACCUCAAAUGCACCAUCACUCAGUGCGAGCCGGACAUCAAGGUACCCUUGGACGACUUUGACGGGAAGGUCACUUAUGGCCAGCGCAAGGCACUUGGAGGUGGCAACUACAAGGGUCACGUGGAUGUGCUGGCCCCAACGGUGCAAGAGUUGGCCAACCUGGAGAGAGAGGCCCAGACAUCAUUUCUUCACCUUGGAUACCUGCCCAACCAGCUCUUCAGAGCCUUCUGAAGGCAACUUGGCUGCAGCUACCGAAUGUGCUCGCCAUCCAUCUGCAGCACUUAUGAGUGUUUCCUGUGUCCAGGCUUGUAUUGCACAGUUGUCAGAAAUAACACCAAUAUUGAAGCAAAAUCUUGUUUUGUUUAUGAAGAAUCUGGCUCAAUAAGUUUAAUUACCUUAUAGUGAGCAAUAUCCUGUAGAUGCUGUGCGUUUUGAGGGUUCUCUAAAUAAAUUGUGGCGGUCACUCA